AGUCAGCUAAUACUGCGUACAGACAGCAAUACAUUCGUUAUUAUUCGCCAUUCUCACCACAUAAACAAGCGGCCAACAUUGGAAAAAGACAACUUGAUACACAUAACCCAAGAUGUCCCGUCUCCUGACCCGCCUUCCCAACCGUGCCCGCCUGCUCCCUAUGGUUCCCAGACGGACCAUGGCCACGGAGCUCGGCACCUCCAAGUCCCCGCAAAACGGACAAAAGGGCUUCGUGUCCGUUGGCUCGCAGACACAGGGUGAUUCGCCUUCUAACCAGGGUCCUACAGAGGCCGGACAAAAGCUCCAGAAGGAGAGCAAGGGCAAACCAGAUGGUGUGAAGGGAGAUUCGGAGGAGGCGAGGGCCGCGGGGGGUGGUGAAAAGGCUGGGACUCCUGGUGGUCAGAAGUAAAGGGGCGGGUGUUGAGUGGGAUGAAAAGAGGGCGAAAAUAAGGUGAUAUAGAAGGGAAUUAGCGAUUAUACGACAUGCGCAUGGUCUGACGCGGUAAUGAAUCAAUAA